AUUCUGUAUGACCUCGAGUGACUCGACGCUGCUGUGAUGACACAAACUCUAAGGGAACCGUUUGGUUGAGUUCUUAUUUUAUUUUCCCUCCUUUUUUAUUGCUCCCAUUUUCACAAUUCCCUCUUUUGAUCGUUUUCUUUCGUUUCACCCCGCCUACCCCGCAUCAUUACUAUGAGUAAGAAGUUCAAAUCUCAGGCUUCAAGCAGCCGGGCUGCCGCCGGUGCCUUUGGUGGCUUUGGAGGAUUUUCAUCUUCUGUGUCUGGCCACGGAAAGGAUCUGUCAUCUCUUACAUAUGUGGCCGAGCCACCAGACCUAUCUCGGAUAUCAGAACCUCAAUUGGCGAUUGCAUUCAAGUAUUUCUCGAAAAAGGAUGAAGUGACGAGAACAAAAGCGUUAGACGAUAUAAAGGAACAUGUCUCUAAUGUAGAAAAGACCGGGGGCACCCUUGAUCAGGGAUUUCUGGAAGCUUGGAUUAAAAUAUACCCCCGAGCAUCAAUCGAUCUCUCUCGUAGAGUGAGGCAGGCUGCACAUUUUGUGCAAGGAUCGAUUGCUUGUCAGGUGGGAAAGCGGAUUGUUCCCUUCCUGCCCAAGGUAAUUGGGGCAUGGUUGGCUGGAGUCUACGACAACGAUAAACCAGUUCAUCAAUCGGCUCUGGACUCGUUUACGCGGGUGUUCUCUACUGAAGAGAAGAGAAAGGGCGUUUGGAAAAUCUACCAGAGUUCCAUUCUUGACUUCGUAGAUGAUGUCGUUCUCCAGCAAACACCUCUCACCCUGAGUGAUGAAAGGACGGUCAAACCUGAUGAUGCUGAAGCCAAAUACGCACGUGUUGUAGGGACAGCGAUCCUACUGUUUAAUCGAAUUUUAGGAAACACUAAUCAAGCAGAUCUCCAAAAUGAUCUGCUCAAAGUAGAGACCAUCUUGGGUAGCAAAUCGCUGUGGUCUUUUUCCUACCAUGAUGAUCCUUCCGUCCGCCGGUCCAUCUACAUACUCCUCAGAACCGUUGUCUCAAAGGAACCAGAACACCUAGAGUGGAAGUUAGUGAGCGCAGCUCUGAUCGGUAAAUCCCUUUCUACCUCUCAAAUUGGAUCCGCGUCAGCAUUGUCAGAGACAAUUCUGCAAGUUACAUCUGUCCGCCCCCAACUAUGGACAGAGGAUUAUUCCGGCAAGUCAUCUGCUUCAAAGAGGUUGCUCCAGUAUAUAAGCAAAGGAUCACAGAGUGGACCGGGCUCAUUUUGGUCAAAUGUUUAUCAACUACUACAAGUGAUUCCGCUACAAGUACUUGCAAAGCUCGACUCAAAGUCCGCUAGUGAGGAUACUCUUGGAUUAGCAAACUCAAGGGCAUUGUUGGAGUCACUGCAUGAGGGUCUAACCUCGAGAGAUGAACCCCAGCAAAACCGAGCAGCCGCCUGGAAGGCCUAUAUUGAUAUUGCCAUGUGGCUCGCUAAACGGCUCCCGGGUCAAGAUGCGGUGCAGGUUCUAAGCGAGAAAGUUUCACCUCUAGUUAGGCAGUAUGUGAAGUUUGACUUGGAAAAUUCGCAAUGGCUACUUCCAACGCAGUCCUCUGAAGCUAUAUGUUCUGAAUAUCUAGUCGCCCUGGCUACAACUGACUAUCAGAUUUCCUUAGAACAGCUGUGGACUAAGUUAUCUGAUGAAUUGCUUGAAGCUGUGAAACUAUCCUCACCGGAACAGUCGAAAGACUUCAAGUCUUCACAAGACGCAGUAUGCGUUCAAGCUGCACGACUUCUUUCCCUAGAGGCGUCUUUAUUGUCGCGCAUUGCGGGUACAAAUUUUGAGACUAGCACAUCGCAUAUGCUGGAAAAAUCGAACCUACCACUGCUAAACAACUGCUUGGAAGUUUUGAGGUCUCGCAAUGGCAAACCUUAUGGGGCAGCUGCAGUUGUAGAAGAGAUGAUUCGCAAAGCUCCACAGAUCGCACAGCGCUCUCAAGAACUGUUGCCUUUUAUCCAGAAAGAUGCACCUGGGCUUUUGUUCUCACCAUGCGGUGACCGACUCAUUUCUAUUAUCCUCCUUUGCCGCUCCUGGGACGGAUAUGGGUCGAGCUUCAAGGAAGCUGUCAAGCAAAUUGCGCAUCUUGAAACCGCGAUGACAAAUACAAACCCUGUUCAAAAAUUGCUUUCCAGCUUGGAUUUCAAUGAAGUCGAUGCGGAUAUACUUAGCUCAUUGAUUAUGCGAGCCUUGAAUUUAGCAUGCAAGGGGAGUCAACCACACUGGCUAAUCAUCGUCUCAGCCCUGCAGAACCAGACAAUUCACAAUGAAUUAGAAAAUUCGAUAUUCCUUUCUCUUAUCGAUGCUUUAUCUGUGGAAGAUGAAGUGUUACCUGUCCUGCGUGGACUAUCUCAAAUUGUCUCAUCUGCUUCUAGUGCUAUCAAGAGGUUCCAAGGUGGCAGCCAGGGCUCAAAAUUGACCGGGAAGCUUCUUUUCUUAACUGAAUCACCGUCAGAAGAGAUUUCUGGACCUGCUGAAUCAUUGCUUAUAAAAUUCAAACAGUCAGUUGUUGGCGAAACUACCGCCAAGGCAAGCGUGGAAGUUUUACAGCGCAAUUUGAGCCAUGUCAAUGGGGAGUCAUUGUCUCUCGAAUCCCUAAUCGCUCUUGCGGAAGAAAUAUUACGCGGCUCUAAGCCGGAGGAUGUUGGUCGUCUUGCUAAGGGCAUUCUCCCAUCUCACCAAGUUUGGGAUGAAGCGCUAGAACCCUUCCUCGAACUUCCUCCACGAUUAUCAACCGCUAUCACCAGUCCCCUUUCAGGUAUUGUGCAUCUGGUCGACCGUCAACUAUCGGAUGCGGUUUCCAAACGUUAUGAAAAUCUUGCUCGUGAUUCGAAUCAAUGUUCAUCUGCAUUUCGACUCACUUAUUUCACGGUUCGGAUACUUUCCUCAUUCGAUAUCGCCCAACACCUUGAAAUGGAAGAGCUACAAACACUACUAUAUAAGCUACCACUGGCGGUGCAAUUAAUCGAGGACGACCUGGACAUUGAGGGAUACAACUACAUCGCUGGGCCUGUGACUCCCGAACAACGAGAGGAGUAUCGGGAAGUUGUCAAUGAUGCACGAAAGGUAAUUCGGGGUUGGUCUGUCUCGACUGAGCGGAUUAAUUUGACGGAUAAUGAAACAAUUGGAAGCUUUAUCGCUUCCAUUUGGAAGAAUAAAGUCGAAGAGCUCGAUAGUAUCUCUGCGGUGAACUAUCGAAUUGGAGAAGCGUUUGUAAAGAUUAUGGACGGAAUUGAUCCAACAAACUUUACCUAUUCCUCUGAGGCUAUUGCCCAGCUAUGCAAAGAAUUUCGAACAGGAAAUUCCAUCCGAUCUGCAUCUCUGGUGGCUGUUUUGCGACGUUCUAUUCUUGCAAAUCCAGCUGGUACCCGACUUUGUAAUGAGCUUGUGGCUGACUCUGCUGGAUUGAAGGUGCAGGACGAGAAACAGGAUGGUCUGCGCAAGUUGGCUUUGCUUAACUUGCUUCUAUCGGAGGAGGAAGUAAAUCCUAUGACAUCCAUGCCAACUCAGCGCCUGAUAUUCUUUGUGAAGCACCUGAUACGGUGUCUUCAGUUGGAGCAAAUAUCACUCCCCCUCAAAGCCGAAAUUUUCCGAAGCUUAACGCUUGCCCUUCCCUGUCUUCAUGAAAUGUAUGGCUCACACUGGGAGGAUUGUAUGGAGAUCAUUAGCACAACAUGGCAAACAGUCAAUGGGGCAGACGCGGCUCUGCCUUUACUCAAUUCAUCCUUCAAACUCUUCAGUUGCCUACAGACAAUUGUAGAGGAUGAAGAUAGCAAUGAUGAUGUGAAGGAUGCUUGGUUAGACAAGAAAGCGAGGCUAUUCAACGAUUUGACCUCUACUCUCGGAAAAUUCGAUUCUUCGAUCACUUUCUACUUGCCCAGAGACCUCACUGUUGACCGUCUUUAUCGCCUGAUCAAGGCCAUUCCCCUUGGAAAUCUUGAGGAUGUGAGGAAGGUCUUCCCUCUUUUGACAGCUCACAGUCUGGUACUCCAGCGGACAGCGUACACUCUUCUCCACCGGUACAUUCCAAGUGUGCAAGAGCAAGUAUCCUUCGACGUGGCUUUAUCAAAAUCAGAAGUCAAGCUUCCAGAUGAACUCAUUUCUCUGCUACUUGGAGCGCCGACUAUGCAGUCAAUAUCCCUGACAUACGGGGAUGAUCGAACAUGGGCGGAUAUCCGGUCUUAUCUUCUGAGCUGGAAAUUAGUUUUUGAUCACUUUGUUAACUCGUCUUUCAUUGUCCAAGAACAGUAUGCUUCUAAUAUCAAGGAAUACGACUCCCUGAACUCCCUUUUGGAGUUCAUGUUUGACUUCAUGCAGAAGUCGCACGGAACGAUAGUGGAUGCAUCGAAGUUCGAUAUUCGUUCGUUUGAGCUUGAUCAAUCGGAGAGCUAUGAGAAGGAAACCCAGUGGCUCCUUGUUCAUCUAUACUUUUUGUGUCUGAAGAAUCUCGCCAACCUCACGAAAGACUGGUGGAUCUUUGCAAUUAAGCGUCUUAAAGGUCCCGUGGAAGCCUGGACGCAGAAAUUUAUCUCGCCUUUGGUCAUCGAAGACUCGCUAGAGCGAGUGACCCAGUGGAUGUCGACUCAGGAUCCAAACGAGGAACGCGCACUUACCGUGAGGGUCUCGCCUAAAACCGCAGAGAUUAUCGCCAGUAUUCCAGUUGACGAAGAGUCUCCUCCUGUUUCAAUCUCUCUCUCUCUACCUCCUGCGUAUCCACUACACCCUGCCUUGGUUGUUGGUAGAAGCCGAGUAUUAGUGGAUGAGAAGAAGUGGAAAAGCUGGCUUCUUACCAUCCAAGGCGUGAUCAUGUUUUCCAAUGGCAAUCUGGAAGACGGACUGCUGGCGUUCCGCAAGAACGUCCAGGGCGCCCUGAAGGGCCAGAGCGAGUGCUCAAUUUGCUACUCGGUCAUUUCCACCGACAUGCAGACCCCGAAUAAGCGAUGCGCAACCUGUAAGAAUACCUUCCACUCUGUCUGUCUGUACCGAUGGUUCAAGAGCAGCAACCAGAGUACAUGUCCCUUGUGCCGCAACAAUUUCGUUUAUGUAUAGAUAUAUAGAUGGAUUAGCGGGGUAAAUAAAACAUGGAUUGCUUUGUACUAUAGAGAGGUCUUUUUCUUAAAGGGAAGGUCAGUCUGCUCAAAUAAAGAUGACUGUAAAUAAUUGAAUCCUGAAGGCUU